AUGAUUCAUUCGCCUAAUUUAAUUGAGCGUGAAUUUUUACGAAAAAAAUUGUACAAUUCUUACAUCAUUUUCCAUUUUGAUCAAUUAAAAUCACUUUAUUCAACUAAAUAUCGCUAUGAAGAUACAUUAAACACUAAAAUUCGUCAUUUAGCCAUUCGUUAUAUAUUCAAUAAAAAUAUGACAAAAACAUAUGAUGAUGAUCCAGUAUUCAUUACAUCUGAUUCUCCAUUAGCUAAAAAGCAAUUAUUUGACGAUUUAACAAAAACACAAAUGCUAUUAGAUGAUGAUAAAGCGAAAGAAUUUAUUAAACAUUUAGAAAUAAUAUUGAUGCAAUGUUCUAAACAAGUUAAACAGAUGAAUUUAGCAGAUGAUGAUCUACCUACUAUUACAGAAAAUAAUGAAAUACGAUACAAACAUUUAAUUUUUCAAGAUUUCUCAAAUUUAGCUAAAAAAUUUCCAAAAUAUAUUCAUUAUGCUGUUGCCUUGCAAAUUCGUUAUACGUAUUUACAUUUACAAAAUCAUGGUUUAGCACGUGAAUUCAAUCGAAUGAAUUUUAUACCAACCGAUAGUAUUACAGAAGGGUUUGCCACAGCAUUUGAUCAUUAUUUUGAUAAAUAUUGUUCUCCAUUUCCAGAUCUAGAAACUCCAUUUGGUUCAACAGGAUCGUUCUUUUCUGUUUCAACUUGGGAUACAGACAUUAUCUAUAUUAAUCCACCAUUUGAUGAAACAUUGAUAGAAUGCACUAUUAAUCACGUUUAUGAGCAACUAAAAGUUGAAAGGAAAAAGCGACGAUACAUCUUUACACUUCCUAAUUGGAAUCAUUUUCCAGCUCUCGAACAUUUAAAAUUGUGCUACUGGUUAAACGAAAUAAAAACUUUCAAAAAAGGACAUUUAAAUUUUAUUAAUUAUUAUGCAAUCCAUGGUGAUCCUGUUGAAAUUGCUCCUUGUGAUAUCGUUGAAAUAACUCUUAUGAGUAGUAAGUAG